AUGACCUUGAAAGGGUUAUUCAUCUUGAUGCUUGAGAUAGAGUUUGCCAUGGCUGAGAGGCCGGCGCGCCGUGGCAGCAGUUCGGCCGCCGCCGCGCCCUUCGCGGGUCCUCGCGGCACCCAGCCCUUCUCGGGUGCCUUCCGUUCGCGGCGCCGGCAGCUCACACAAAUACCCAUAAAACCUCCGCCGCGCCGAGCAUGCCCCGCUCAUCGGGCCGGCGGCGGAGCGCGAGUGGACGCCGCUCCCGCCCGCUCAGCUUGCGCCCGCCAUGCCCAGCCUCACGCGCCUCCACCAAGCUACGAGCUGCCUCGCUCCUCGCCGCACCGAGACCACCCCAACGCACCAGACACUAUAGCAUACUCUCGGCACUCCACGCGUAUCACUAUCUCUACACUAGUGGAC